CUGCAGAGAUUAGAAACAAACAGCUCUGCUUCUACAAUCAAACCCAUUUCCUCGACUAUAGACAAUCACCAUGGCUGACGACAUUAGCGCACAGAUCAAGGCAGAGAAAGAGAAGAGAGACAAGUCAACACAGCGUGAGGACACACGCGUGUCGCUAACUGGUGGUGUUGGAUAUGAUCAGGAUAUUUACGACGCGGGUGAUAAAUUUGCGGGCUAUUCAACUGAGUUGCCUAUGGAUGAAGAAGAGGAAGAGGAUGAGCUUUCAAAAAGGAUGGCGCAGCAGAAUAGCAAGAAACUCUCUUCAUACUCAGCGCCCAAGGAGGCUUUUGCACAUCUUGCCUCUGUAGACGAUGAUGAUACGGACCCAUUUGCUGGGAGGAAAGAAUCACAACGGAUUAUUGACAGGGAGGGCGAUUAUCACAAGAGACGUCUGAACAGAGUGCUCUCACCGUCUAGACAGGAUCCCUUCAGUAAUAAGGAUAGUGAUGCUAAUGGAUCAGAGGCUAGAUCAUAUGCUGAGAUUAUGAAAGAGACAGAACUGGAAAAGGAACAACAGCGGGUCAUGCAUCUUAUCGCGGAAAAAAAGAAGGAGGCACAAAAAGCGACCGGACUGGAAGCUCCACCUCCACCUACACCCACUGGACGGAAAAGACGUUGGGAUGUUGCUACUCCUGUUGUAGCGCCUGCCGCUACCAAAUCGUCGUGGGAUGAGCCUGAUGACCAUGUAGCUGUACCGUCAAAUCGAUGGGAGGAAACUCCCAAGGUUGAAGGCAAGAAACGCAAUCGUUGGGAUGAGACUCCUGUUGUUAACGCCGGUGCAUCAUGGGAUGCAACGCCAAAGGUAUCUGGAGCCGCUGAAACACCUGUGGCUAAGCGAUCCAGAUGGGACGAAACACCUGUAGCACCUUCAGGGAUGUUUAGUGCAACACCUAUGGCGGGCGGGCUUGGCAUGGUCACACCUAACAUUACAGUUCCAAUGACGCCCGAAGCAAUGAACGCACAGCGCUGGGAACAUGAAAUUGAUAUGCGCAAUCGACCUUUAUCGGAUGAGGAGCUGGAUGCCAUGUUCCCUACUACUGGGUACAAGAUCCUUGAGCCGCCAGCAAACUAUCAGCCCAUCCGUACGCCUGCCCGCAAGCUCAUGGCGACACCUACACCAUAUGCAGGCGGGUUCAUGAUGCAGGACGAGAACAUGAAGCAAAACUAUGGUAUUUCGCCCGCAGAAAUUGAGGUCCCAGGAGGCAGUAACCUGCCAUUCUUUAAACAGGAAGAUAUGCAACACUUUGGGAAACUGUUGGACGAGAAGGAUGAGUCCUCCAUGUCGGCUGAGGAUAUCAAGGAGCGCAAGAUUAUGCGACUUUUGCUCAAGAUUAAGAACGGAACACCACCCAUGCGUAAAGCAGCCCUCAGAACCAUCACGGAUAAGGCACGCGAUUUUGGUGCAGGACCACUUUUCAACCAGAUCUUGCCUUUGCUCAUGUCACCUACGUUGGAAGAUCAGGAGCGCCAUUUGCUGGUAAAGGUUAUUGAUAGGAUUUUGUACAAAUUGGAUGAUCUUGUUCGUCCAUUUGUGCAUAAGAUCUUGGUUGUGAUUGAGCCCUUGUUGAUUGAUGAAGAUUACUAUGCUCGUGUUGAGGGUCGAGAGAUUAUCAGCAACUUGAGUAAGGCAGCAGGAUUAACAACUAUGAUUGCCACCAUGCGCCCUGAUAUCGAUCAUGCGGAUGAAUAUGUUCGAAAUACAACAGCACGUGCAUUUUCAGUGGUUGCAUCAGCUCUCGGUAUCCCAACGCUUCUUCCUUUCUUGAAGGCUGUCUGUAACAGCAAGAAAUCAUGGCAAGCUCGACACACAGGUAUCAAAAUUGUACAGCAGAUUGCUAUCCUGCUUGGAUGUGCCAUUCUCCCUCAUCUCAAGAAUUUAGUCGAUACCAUAGCCAAGGGUUUGGAGGAUGAACAACAAAAAGUUAGGACUAUUACAUCGCUUGCUAUUGCAGCAUUAGCAGAAGCGGCACAUCCCUAUGGUAUUGAAUCGUUUGACUCUGUACUGGCGCCCCUUUGGUCUGGUACACGCAAGCACAGAGGCAAGGGUCUCGCUGCAUUUCUAAAAGCGAUUGGUUAUAUCAUUCCGUUGAUGGACGUUGAGUAUGCCAACUACCAUACCAAGGAGGUUAUGCCUAUUCUGAUUAGAGAGUUCCAGUCACCGGAUGAGGAAAUGAAGAAGAUUGUACUGAAGGUUGUUAAACAAUGUGCGGGCACAGACGGAGUUACUCCUCAGUAUAUUAAAGAGGAGAUCUUGCCAGAGUUCUUCAAGAACUUUUGGGUGCGCCGUAUGGCCCUGGAUCGCAGGAACUACAAGCAGCUGGUUGAGACAACCGUUGAGUUGGCACAGAAAGUUGGUGUGACAGAGAUUGUUUCCAGGAUUGUGGACGACUUGAAAGAUGAAUCGGAGCCCUAUCGUAAGAUGGUCAUGGAGACAAUCGAAAAGGUUAUCUCACAGUUGGGCGCUGCGGAUAUUGAUGGACGUCUUGAAGAGACUUUGAUUGAUGGUAUCCUGUAUGCAUUCCAGGAGCAGACGGUGGAGGAUAUUGUGAUGUUGAAUGGCUUUGGAACCGUUGUCAAUGCACUGGGAUAUCGCAGCAAGGCUUAUCUUCCUCAGAUCACAUCCACAAUUCUUUGGCGCUUGAAUAACAAAUCAGCUAAGGUCCGUCAACAAGCCGCUGAUUUGAUCUCACGUAUUGCAGUGGUGAUGAAGACUUGUGGAGAGGAGAAGCUGAUGGGACAUCUGGGCUUGGUGCUGUUUGAAUAUCUUGGAGAGGAAUACCCAGAGGUUUUGGGAUCAAUUUUGGGAGCACUGAAGGCGAUCGUAAACGUGAUUGGUAUGAGUAGUAUGACACCACCGAUUAAGGACUUGCUGCCGCGCCUGACACCCAUUCUGAAGAACAGACACGAAAAAGUGCAGGAGAACAAUAUUGACUUGGUGGGUCGUAUUGCAGAUCGUGGAGCAGAGUAUGUGAGUGCAAGAGAAUGGAUGCGUGUAUGCUUUGAGCUACUGGAUAUGUUGAAGGCGCACAAGAAAGGUAUUCGUCGUGCAGCAGUCAACACAUUCGGUUAUAUCGCCAAGGCAAUUGGACCACAGGAUGUGUUGGCAACACUUCUUAACAAUUUGAAAGUGCAAGAGCGCCAAAACCGUGUCUGUACGACUGUUGCGAUUGCCAUUGUUGCAGAGACAUGUGCACCCUUUACAGUCCUGCCUGCGCUCAUGAAUGAAUAUCGUGUACCCGAACUCAAUGUCCAGAACGGUGUUUUGAAGUCAUUGGCAUGGGUGUUUGAAUAUAUAGGAGAGAUGGGAAAGGACUAUAUUUACGCAGUUACACCAUUGCUAGAGGAUGCACUCAUGGAUCGUGACCUCGUGCAUCGUCAAACGGCUUGUACUACAGUCAAACAUAUGUCACUGGGAGUUGUUGGUCUAGGAUGUGAGGAUGCAUUACUGCAUCUGUUGAACUAUGUUUGGCCAAACAUUUUUGAGACGUCGCCACAUGUGAUCAAUGCUGUAAUGGAUGCGAUUGAGGGUCUAACAGUAGCUUUGGGGCCAGGUACAAUUUUACAAUAUGUUGUUCAAGGACUUUUCCACCCAGCAAGGAAAGUAAGGGAGAUCUACUGGAAGAUUUACAACAACAUGUAUAUCCUAGCACAGGAUGGUAUGAUCCCGUCAUAUCCAUCGAUCGAUAACGAUGCCACCAACAAAUAUGAGCGUACGGAGCUGUAUUAUGUCGUAUAAUGGUGUUAAUAAAUAUCCAAGAAACAAAGCAUAAAAAAGUAUAAAUAAAUAAUAUAGACAAAAGCAUCAAAG